CCCCCUGCUCGCUCACAGUAAUAGUCGACCCCCGACCACGAAUCCCAUCAGCGCUCCACCUCACCACUUUCUCCUCCCCGAUGCCGCCUCUCCACCACUUCUUCCCCUCACUCUCCUCUCCCUCUCCUCACUUCUCUCCCCCUAUUUCUAUGGUUCCCCCUCCACUCCUCUUCCUCUCCCUCUCCCUCUCGCUCUCCCUCGAUCCAUGGCCAGAUUCGGAACCGGGAAGCACACGCCGGGGAAGUACAUCUUCCUCCUCUCCUGCAUCAUCCUCCUCGCCCUCGUCCUCCUCGCCGACUUCCUCUGGGCCUCCUCCUCCUCCUCCUCCUCUUCCCGUUCCUUCCCCUACCGCGUUCUUCGUCCUCCAUCCUCUUCUUCCUUCCACUACUGGUCCCCCUACUUGGACCUCUCCAUGGCUCUCUCCGCCCCCGACGCUAAGCAGUCUGAAGGAAAUUCUAAAGGUAUCAAAUUAUCAGUCAAGGUUCUCAAUGCAACUUUUGCUGAUAUACCAGCACCACAGUUAGAAUGGGAAGAGAUGCCCGAGGCACCCGUACCUCGUCUAGAUGGGGCUGCCAUACAAAUUAAAGACCUCUUUUAUGUAUUUGCUGGAUAUGGUACCAUUGAUUAUGUGCAUUCUCAUGUUGAUAUAUAUAACUUCAAAAACAAUUCGUGGGGCGGAAGGUUCGAUAUGCCCAGGGAAAUGGCAAACUCACACUUGGGAAUGGCAACAGAUGGAAGAUACAUUUAUGCGGUCACAGGACAGUAUGGCCCACAAUGUAGAAGCCCUACUAACCGCAACUUUGUGCUGGAUACAGAGACAAAAAAGUGGAAUGAAUUGCCCCCACUACCUGUUCCUAGGUAUGCCCCAGCAACUCAACUUUGGAGAGGCAGACUGCAUGUUAUGGGUGGCAGCAAAGAGGAUCGCCAUGAACCUGGAUUGGAUCAUUGGAGCCUUGCAGUAAAGGAUGGAAUGGCAUUAGAAAAAGAAUGGACAACCGAGAUACCAAUACCACGCGGUGGUCCUCACAGGUCAUGCGUUGUCGCCAAUGAUCAACUGAUAGUUAUUGGUGGUCAAGAGGGUGAUUUUAUGGCUAAGCCAGGAUCACCAAUUUACAAAUGUUCUCGAAGACAUGAGGUUCAAUAUGCUGAUGUUUACAUGCUGGAUGAUGGGAAAAGAUGGAAGCAGCUGCCCUCGAUGCCCCUACCAAACUCCCACAUAGAGUUUGCAUGGGUUGUUGUCAACAACUCAAUCAUUGUUGUCGGCGGCACCACACUGAAACACCCUAUUACCAAGAAGAUGAUUCUACUUGGUGAGGUCUUUCAGUUUAAUUUAGACACCCUGAAAUGGUCGGUAGUCGGUCGCAUGCCUUUCCGAGUCAAGACAACCUUAGCUGCUUUCUGGAAUGGAUGGCUAUACUUCACAUCUGGUCAGCGAGACACAGGACCGGAUGAUCCAUCUCCAAGGAAGGUCGUUGGAAGCCUGUAUAGAACUAAAUUAAGCUUAUAACCACAUUGUUUGACUUGACUCCAUCUAUUUGUAUCUAUCAAUUUUAUGUUAUUUGAGGAAAUAUAUCAAAUAGAGCCAGACAUAAUGUCUAUUUUUAGUUCUAAAGGAAGUUUUCCUA